CUUCACCGUUCCGUUUGGGGCUGGCGACCCUAACUACUCGCAUUGGGAAAGUAUAUAGGCGCCUGGUCACCCUGCUUGUGAACCUCUCUUUUUGUUCUUCUCUCCUCUUCGAUUGUUCUUAUGGGAGUGCUUGGUGUGGGUCUGAAAGCAUUGCGACUCCGCAACUACUGUUACCCCUCACUACUCGUUCUGGAAUGAGCACCCUUCGUCUUCGAUAACAACACUUCACCUGGAGUUUGCAGCGACAUGGAAUACUCCCCUGCGCUUUCGAUCGCCAGCCUGGCGGGCGAUGUCGAUGACAUGAGCGAGGAGGAGCUGGACAAGUACUUUGCGAGUUAUGUCCCGCUGAGCAAUCUGCCUACGCCGCCGCCCGCGAAGGAGCAGCCCGUUGUUGCGGGCCCAGCAUCACAGGCGCAAGAUGAGCGUCGAUCCCCUGAACUGGAAGUAUACGCUACGCAUCUUGCCAACCUCGUCCCAAGGAAUGUGUCGACGCAGAAGCCUGCGGUCCCCGUCAUCAGAGGCUACUUGGAAAGAGCAUGUCUACCAACGGAGAUUCUAGCGUUCGCAGCGUGUGUCCUGGAUGCGCUCUCCCAGCGCUUUGCUAGCUCGUGGCGCGAUGCCUGUCUGCCGCCGAGCGAGAAGGCCUUCAAUUUUUACUCGGGGACCCACUUGCGGCAGCGCCCGAUGACCGGUCCAGACCUCAUCGUCCUUUCAGCGCUUGCACUCGCACACGGCUUCAUUGAUGACCGCGGCCGGUCAAACGGCCAUUGGGCAAGAGUAGAGAGUCGAUCCCAGUUCACCGCCAGAGAAAUCGAGACCACCAAGAUGUGCAUACUCCGCGACAUGGACUACGGCCUCUUCCGCAUCAGCGACAACAUGGUGCAGCGCAUGAUGCGGGACAUGCAACGAGCGUGCAACUUCAACAUCCCGUCGAGCACCUCCAGCAGGAACGACAGCGUCGCCGCCGCGGCAGCAGCAGAGAAAGAAGAACGGCGCCCCAAGCUCGCGCUUAGUACCGGGACAGGAGGCACGCCAGGUACCGCCAUCUGGGCCAACGGCGUGCAAACCCCCGAACCCAGUCCCUAGAAGUGGCUGCGGCGGCUCGUGGAGUGACCCGCCAGCUGCUUCUUGUCGGGUUGUGCAAAUGUCGCGCUGCGAAACAUUGGAGCACUCCACGUGGCGUGGCUUUUCGGCGUUCGAGAACUUGCGACGAGUGCACAUUUCUAGCAUCACGAUACCCCAUAUCCGUAUCUCUUGUCGGCGGCCAUUUUCGCAUUUCCGUUACGGUGUCGUGUUACGCAUUUUUUCCGGCGCGUAUGCGGCGUUUCUGGGACGGGGUCUGGUAUCUGCGUUUUAUUGUUUUUGGAGGAGAAAGAGGAAGAUCUCACGGCAGGCCUGUUCGUGGGAUAGAUGAGGGACUGGACUGG